AAAAGGUGUACUAAAGGUUGGUCAAGAAAUAGAGGUUCGUCCUGGCAUAGUUUCUAAAGACAGUGAAGGAAAGCUCAUGUGCAAGCCUAUCUUCUCUAAAAUUGUGUCUCUCUUUUCUGAGCACAAUGAUCUACAAUAUGCUGCUCCUGGAGGCCUUAUUGGUGUUGGUACCAAGAUUGACCCAACUUUAUGUCGUGCUGAUCGUAUGGUUGGUCAGGUACUGGGUGCAGUUGGGGCGUUGCCUGAAAUAUUCACAGAGCUGGAAAUCUCUUACUUCCUUCUACAACGUCUCCUUGGAGUACGUACAGAGGGGGAUAAGAAGGCUGCAAAGGUUCAAAAACUGUCUAAGAAUGAAGUUCUGAUGGUCAACAUUGGUUCUUUGUCCACUGGAGGUCGUGUCAGUGCUGUAAAAGCUGAUUUAGGAAAAAUUGUGCUCACAAAUCCAGUGUGCACGGAAGUAGGAGAGAAAAUCGCUCUUAGCAGAAGGGUUGAGAAACAUUGGCGUUUGAUUGGCUGGGGUCAGAUAAGACGAGGAGUGACCAUAAAGCCCACGGUAGAUGACGACUAGAGGCGAACAAAAUGCUAAAACGUUUUUAAA